AUGGUGUCCGAGGUUGUAUGUGCUAAGGAGCGAAUGGAAGCGCGGGAGGUGGAAGAAGCAUACCAGAAGUUUGAAGAAAGCGAAGAACACAUUCAGGAGUUGCUGGACAGGGGUGCCAUCACGAAUGAUGAAGCUCGCAAGCUGAGGACCAGAGCAAAGAUGCAUCAGCAGGAUGCUGAGCCCGACAGACCCAAAAUCUCCAGCGCAGUCAUGGCGGGCGCCGAUCAGAUGACGAAUGAGCAAAUGAUCGAAGAAGCCUUGAAAGGCAAACGCAGAUUUUGGCUCUUCGAAUGGAUGCGAAAAACGUUCAGGAUCGACAGACUGCAAGACCGCAUCUCCCGCGAGAGACGUCGACGGGCCCACCCAGAGUUUGUACAUAAGUGCCCCAUGAUUUCCGGCAUGGUGAAAUCCGGCAUGACCUUCGAGCUGGUGACAUUCUUCUUAGUUGCUUUGAAUGGCCUUCUUACCGGCGUCCAAAUCUCCGUGCAGGGAACGGCAGAUGAGCUCGAAAUCUACGGGCUAUUCGAAGAAUUUUUCAACAUCAGUCUCUGGAGCUGCAUGGCCAGCAUGAGUGUAGGCUUCAGCCUGAGAAAUGUGAUCACCUACCGACGGCCAGAGGAAGCCCUUUUCACAUCAGAUGCAGUGUGCACGGAUUCGCAGGAGAUCUUGCAGCCGUUCUUUCUGUGUGAACCUCCCGAGCAGGUUCGGCUCUUCAUCACACUAUUCUGCGUCAGUGUCGCGGCUGGCCUGAUCGUGAAUCACCCAGCAGCCGUGCGCUUCUAUCGAUUGACGAUGCGGGCAAACUUGACGCACAACAGCCGAAGAGGUCUUGGAUACACGGCCUGCAAGGCCUACGGCCUCGUACCAAUCCCGCAGCUUCCAGAAAGUCACUUCCAGAUGGUUGGCUGGCUGCUGGUAGUGUCUCUUCUUCUGGCUUGCCACUCUCAGUUGGCUCCGAGAUUCUUUUUGUUCGCUGGCUUCGGUCUUUACUUCCUGUACUUCGGCCAGUUGUUCUGCGAGUCGAAGCAUGGCGGUCAUGGAGCUUUGUUGUUGCCUUCCGUUCUUCUGCUCCUGGCCUUGAGUGGGGGUCCGAAGGGAACCCCCUGGAGCCUCGUCUUCAUCAAACUAUUCCUGGGAGUAGUCUACUUUGCUGGUGCCGUAUCGAAAGUCGUGGUGCCGUGCGUUUUCAGACGCCCUUGGCUUGGCAGCACGAUGCAAGCAUACAUUCUGGAUGCGAUGUGGAGCCGGCCACACUCCUGGGUUCUGGUGCAGAAGUUGCAGCUCAUACUCCUUCAGCGAUGGUGGUUGUGCACUUCUAUGGCAGUGUCCGCACUGAUUUUUGAGUUUGGGUGGCUGCCUCUUGUACUGCUUGGCGGUCGAACAGGAUCUGUUCUCGCAGGUGCAGUGGCUUUUUCAUUUCAUCUUGGCGUCGAUGUUUUGCAGGGCCUGGACUUCAAGCCAUUCUGGUGUCCGGUUUUCUGGGUUUUCCUGCCGGACUUACAAUCCAUGUGGCAUGGCCAGGAGCUGCUUUCCAACGAGACGUGGACCGCAGUCCUUGCGCAAGGCUUUCUCGAAGAACCCUGCCGCUGGAUCAUGAGUGCAACUUACCUGCUCCUCCAGGUGGUGGUUGCUGUACGCUUCAUGGACUGCAGAGAGGGCAUGGAAUGCUUGCCGCUCACUUGCUGCCCGAUGUUUGCGGUGCCCCGGAACGUUUUUCAAGACGAACUUCGCGGUGGGGUGAUGACAGACAUGGAUCUUCGCGGAGGUGGUCACGUGGACUUCGCUUACAACUUCUUUCCGUGGGCAUCAGACCUUCCUUUGGGAGAAGUUGACAUGAAGCGCAUACCGGGCCGGGUGCUCUUCUGGAUGUCGACGCUUCAUUGCGAUCCAAACCUUGAAAGACUGCUGAACCCGGAUUACCUAAACAAGGAGCUCCUCCUUAGUGCAAACUUCGAGAUCUCCUCUGCCCUGGAGUCGAAGCUCUACGAAUAUGUGAUGCAACUCGAGCAGGCUUCCCCCGAAGAUUGGGCUGACCCUGCUAAAAUUGGCUCCAUCGUGGAGCUGCAAACGGCGUGCCGGAAACUUUUCGAAGCACAUGCACCCUGCAACAACUCCCUUCAGGACUCCGUCGAUUUGGGCGAGAUCAACGUCAGUAAGGGACCCGUCCUGCUGAAUUUCAUGAGCUUCUUUACACCAACGUUCUGUUUCAUCGCAGAGAUCAUACUGCGAGUCAUAGCAGACGGUUGGACUUGGUUCUUUACUGCAGGGAAUGCCAGCGACGUGGUUCUGAUCGCAGUUACAGGAAUCAUCCCGAGCUACAUUCUGGGGCCUGUCUUUGACUUCCAGAGUCCGCUUUUUCGGAUUGGCCAGGCUUUGCGGUGCAUCCGCCUCAUCCGAAUCUUGAAAAGCGUUCGCACCAUCAGUUAUUUCCGAAUUCUUUGGUCGCUUGUGAGCGGCAUUGUCGACAGCGGUCGUAUUCUGCUAUGGACACUGACGAUUAUCACAGUGGUUCUGUACAUGUUUUCGAUCUUUUUCGUUCAGUUGCUGCUGCACUCUGGCCUCGAGUUCACCCCAGAAGUGCAGAGCGCUGUCAUCGAUGUUCAUUUCUCGACGGUCCCAGAUGCCAUGUUCACGCUCUUUCAGUGCCUGACGCUGGAUAGCUGGACCUCUUUGAGCCGACCUUUGCAAGUUGGCCAUCCACAAAUUGGGAUACUCUGGGUGCUGUAUGUGGCGGUGGCUUGCAUGGUGUUGAACAAUCUCGUGAUUGCUGUUAUUGUGAACAACGCCUUCGCCCGUGCCGAGCAGGAUGAGGAGCUCCAAGCUUCAAUUGCACGGGAGACGACCGAAGGCGAGCUGAAUGAUCUCAGGACUUUGUUCGACGAACUCGCCAAAGAGGGAAGCGCAUACCUUUCGCGAAAGGACUACGAACAGGCCCUUGGAACAAGCGAGUCCCUGUGGACAAAGCUCAAGAUCGUAAACUUGGAAGAAAACGAGAUUUUGAAUCUUUGGUCGUUCAUUGAUUUCCCCGAAGAAGUGGAUCGCGAAUAUUUCGCUUCACAGAUCCGAAAUCUGAAAGGCGAAUGCAAAGCAAAGACAAGCUUUACCGUGGCAAUGACCCUGAAGAAGUUGGAUACGAGACUGAACCAGGCCAGAACCAACCUAGAGGUGCACAAGCGAAUGUGCGAGGAGCUGAAGAAAGAAUCGAGGGAGGCACAGGUUGAGCUAUCAAGAACGUUGUUCGAGUUGCGACAAUUCAUGAUUCUGACCUACCGAUGCAUACCUUCAAAUGCCACCGUUACCACCAGAAACAAAGUUCAAAAGGUUGGUGAAAAGGUCUCGACGAGGGUGCAGCCACUGCUCACGCCUCUGCUGAACUACCCCUACGAACGCGUCCCCAUGGUCAUCGAAGAGCAGAAGGAAGGUUGGGCACUUCCCGGUGAAGUACUCGAGCAAAAGCCAGAGACGACGCUUAAGCCUGGUAUGAAACCUCACGCAUCACGCGCCAUCCGGAACUGA